AUGCGUUACUCAGGAGUUGCUGCUCUGGCCUUUGCCAGUGGUGUCACCGCCCACACCCGCAUGUACAGCGUCUGGGUCAACGGCGAGGAUCAGGGUGAUGGAAGAGGCACUUACAUCCGAUCUCCCCCUACCAACGACCCCAUCAAGGACAUCACCUCCGCCAACCUCGCCUGUAACGCCGCCGGCUCCACCGCUGUAGCUGACUUUGUCUCCGUCGCUGCUGGUGACGCUGUCAGCUUUGAAUGGUACCACGACUCUCGCAAUGACGACAUCAUUGCUGCUUCCCACUUGGGUCCUAUCAUCACAUACGUCGCCCCUUACACUGAUGGCAUGGAUGGUACUGGUGCCAUCUGGUCCAAGAUCAACGAGGAGGGUUACGAUGCCUCGACUAGCAAGUGGGCCGUCGAUAACUUGAUCUCGAACGGAGGAAAGAAGGACUUUACCGUCCCCUCCGGCCUUGCCGCUGGCAAGUACAUGUUCCGCCAGGAGAUCAUUGGUCUCCACGAGGCUGAUGUAGCUCACUCUGCCAACUCUGCCCGUGGUGCUCAGUUCUACCCCUCUUGUGUUCAGGUUGAGGUUACCGGCAGUGGCAGUGCUACCCCCUCCGAGAGCUUCGAGCUUCCCGGUGGCUACACCGACUCUACCCCUGGUGUCGUCUUCAACCUCUAUGGCUCUUAUUCUAGCUACGAUAUCCCCGGCCCAAGUGUCUGGGAUGGUGCCAGCGGCUCAAGCAGCGGCUCGACCACCACCGCCGCCGCCGCAUCCAGCACUGUUGCCGCUACCUCGACCAAGGCUGCUGCCGCCACCUCCGCCGCCGCCACCGCCGUCGCCACUUCGGCCGCUGUGACCACCUCGGCCGCUGUCCAGACCACCCUUGCCACCUCGACCAAGGCCGCUGCUACUUCCGCUGUCGCCACCACCUCCGCUGCUGCCCCUACCAAGAGCUGCUCCUCUAAGCGCCGUCGUGCUGCUCGCAAGGCCCGCCAGGCCCGCAAGUAA